CUGGCAGAUUUCUACUAUUUGUAUACGAUUUUGUUACUUUAAUUUUUUCUAUCCUUACAGCUAUAUUUUACUUGUUGUUUUGGAUAAAAAAACAUGGACAAAAUUACGAUAAAACAAGAGUUGAGAGCAGUGCUGAUUGGAAAGCAUCACUCUGGGAAAACCUCGGUGAUCAACACUAUACUGGAAACCAGAACAGAAGCUGAAGGAGAUGAGGAUUUGAAGAGAGAGGGGUUUAUUGAUGGAAGGAGAGUCAGUCUUGUUGAAACUCCUGGCUGGUGGAAAACCUUCAAUCUGAGUGAUUUAUCUAACAUCUCUAAACUGCAGCUGGUUCGCAGGAUUUCUCUGAUUUCACCUGGACCUCAUGCGGUUCUGAUCGUGAUUCAGGCUGAUUCUGCAUUUACUGACACCGAUGGGAGGUUUUUGGAGGAUUAUGUGCAGCUGCUGGGUCCCAAUGUCUGGACUCACACCCUCGUCAUCUUCACAAGAGGAGAUUUAAUUAAACCAGAAAACGUAGAGCAGAAUAUUCAGAAGGACGGGUCGGCACUCAAGCGGCUUAUUGAAAAAUGUGAAAAUAAAUAUCAUGUUUUUAAUAAUUCAAUCCAUCACGACCGAACCCAAGUCAAAGAGCUGUUCAAUAAAAUAGAAGGAAUUGUUCGGAAGAAUAACGGCAAGCAUUUUGACAUUGAUCUGAAGAAAGUAAAGGAAGUCAACGAGCAGUGGGAGGAAAUUCAGACCAGAGCCAAUUCUAGAAAAUCCAGAGUACAGGAGAAACGGUCAAAAGUUCAAGAAAAAGCAUCUGUGCGUCGUCUUGAGGAGAUCAGAGUUGUUUUGCUGGGAUGGGUUCUUUGUGGAAAGAGUUCAGCUGGAAACACCAUCUUGAACCAAGAUGAAUUUGCGAUAGGAGGAAAAACCGGAGAAUGUACAAGAAAGUUUGGAGAUGUAGACGGAAGGAAGAUUACUGUUUUGGACACUCCAGGCUGGUGGAAGUACUUCGCAUCUGAAUUCAACCCAGAUUUCAUUAGAUCUGCGAUCUUAGAAAGCGUUUCAGAGUUUAAGAAGUUCCCUCAUGUCAUACUGCUCGUGAUUCCAGCAGAUACAGCAUUUCAGGCAGAACAAAAGAGGAUCACUGAACAAAAUAUAUCUAUCCUGGGAGACGACAUCUGGAGACACACAAUAGUUUUAUUCACGUGGGGCGACAGAUUCAAAAACAUCUCAAUCGAGCAGCACAUUGAGAGUGAAGGUGAAGCUCUUCAGUGGCUGAUUGAGAAAUGCAGAAACAGAUAUCACCUCUUUGACAACACAGACAAGAACAAUCGAGAUCAAGUCACAGAGCUGCUCCAGAAGAUUGAUGAGAUGGCGGCAGAAAACAGUCUAUUCCAUCUCAACACACAGAAAAACUGAUUCAGAAACAAGCCAUCAGAGAAAUGACACAG